GACGUGAGUGAAAAGGCAAGCAAGACCAUCUAACCACUGCACCUCAUGGUUCUAAACCUCAGGCGCUGCGUGACUAGCGGUCACGACAUAAACCUCCUUGCCACCCCCUCUCACAAGGUCGCAGCAUGCUCAAUGACCACGCUACGAUCCAAUACUAUUGUAGGGCGAGUGGAGAAGUCAUGCCUUAUACGUACCAAUCCGUUCUCAGAUUUCUGAUCUUCUACGCUCUGCUCUCAGAAGAGCAGCGGAGGCAUGGACGCGUUCCAGCCUUCUGGCCUGCCGCCUGAUUCGACUGCGAGGUCAUCUCGAAAGAGAUUCGCCCAUGCUCCGCUC